AUGUUCCCUAUAGGCGAUUAUCUCCGGUUAUUUUAUGGUGAGGUAAGGGGCGUGAUGCUUGACGGCGGACAGACUCGAGCUUCGGCUGCGUCCUCGGGCCCGGCAUUGUCAAAUGACAACGAAGAUCACGGCGACGAUAUCAUGGACCACGAGGACCAAAAGGCUUUUCUCGAGUACGAAGUCCAGUUGCCAUCCCUGUCGACCCGAAUUUAUGACAUUGAUGUCCGAGAUCCAAGAGUGCAAGAUAAGGCGGCAGAGUUACUCAGCUUCCUCGAAACAAGACUCGAGACGGAAAAUCUGUCGCUACCUGCUUUUCAGCAUGACACCUCCGGCGGGAAGUCGGAUAGACCCAUGCACGAGACAGCUCAAAGGUACGCCAAACUCGCAGCCGAGAACGGUGAGCGUGAUAUUAGGCUCCGGGGAGCGAUGCAUCCACCGACGAUUGAAGAAUGCCGUGAAUAUGUGGUGAGGUUCACGGCGCUAAACAAGACCCUGGAGUCACGAUAUGAGCAAGAAGAUACCAACACGGCAGCCGACGCAGCGAGUAACAACUUCACAAAUCCAACGGGCAGCCUAUCUCUCGCAGACCAUCACGACAGACUCUACGAAGUCUUGAGCGAUCAGUUGUGUAACGAACCAGGGCACCAGGCGUUCCUUCAAGUAUCCGGCUCUGGCUACCCCCUUUUCGAUAUGAUUCUGUCGGGCUGCUCAGAUAAUUGGCUCGAGACACAGUUUAUGCUCGAUGACCGCAACCCAAACAACGAUCAAUCAAAUUGUCUCGAAACCCUUGACAUAUGCCAGAAGAUUGGCCGGUAUCACCGACUGCGCCGGCUUCUGUGCCUCUCUCUUGACGAAUACGGGAUUCGUCUAAGGGCCGCGGCUCCGGAAAAAAUGCACCAAAAGCUCAGUGUUCCGACGGAGAAAAGUCUAGAUGAGCUUCUCCGAAGGGGCGCCCUGCACGAGGAGACCUUCGAAAUCCGCCUCAAAAAGUCACGCAUCGCUCUUCAGAUAGCGUUGCUAUUGUACCGCUUGUAUCCGGGGCCGUGGGUGCAGCAGAGUUGGAACGCCAGUACCAUACAGGUUCUGGGUCAUCGGCGGAACGAUACAGCGCAGGACUGGGAUAGACUUGGUGUUCCGUGCAGGUUCAUCCACGACUGGCAGACCAAUAACACCGUCUGGAGCGAGUACCAAGACUCUCAAGAUGGUUUCGAGCAAGAUUCGCCGGCCUUCUUCCUCUCGCUGGCCCAAAUGCUACUAAGCGUCUCCGAAGGCCUGGCCGGAUCCAGUUCGCCGUUAUCGAUCGACGACCUUCUCGACAAAACCGAAGAAAUAAUCGACAACAAGCUCCUCAGUUCAUACGGGAAAGCGAUCAAGGGCUGCGUCGACUUUGCCCUGGACUACGAGCUCUGCAGGCAUGAUAUCCCGGACCCGAGAGAGAGGGCGAGAGAGGUCAUUAGAACGAGCAUCGUCGAGCACUUGCAGAGAAAUCUGCGCUUCUGGGAAGCCGAGCAUCACGCUCACCUGGAAGAGACGAGGCCUGGCGACGUUGGAAGCGGCAAGGAUACCAGAGAAGUAGGGUGUCCUCCUAGCGUCCAGGUAAACCCCGCAACAGCCACAAAGUCUUCAUUCAUCAGGCUUUUCGCAGACGCAGACAAAGAGUCUGAGGAGAUAAACCCUGAAGAUCUCAAAAACAGCUUCAUCAAAUUGAUGGAUGUCUUCAAAGACAUGUUCAUCCCCCCUUUCAAUCGAUGGAAGGGGGGGAGGCCCGCAGAUUUCAAGGCCAUCAGGAUAGCGGUGCUCGACACUGGCCUACAAAUCGACGACGAUGACCUCUUGUUGCGAGUCGCAGCCAAAAAGAGGGUUCUGUCGGACCUGUCAAGGAACUAUUUGACGACAGAAAGCGGACCGGGGAGUUUCGUUGAUACCCACGGCCACGGGACACACGUGGUGAGGCUGCUGCUCCAACUCACGCAGCAUGCCGAGAUCGUGGUGAUCAAGAUCUCAAACGGCCCGACUCUCGAAACGACCACGCUGCAGCAAGUGGCAGAUGCCCUCGAGUGGGCGGGGAGCGAACGAGGCGCCGACGCAGACAUCAUCAACCUCUCCUUCGGCCUCGGCGAGGCAGCGAGACACGUGAUGCAGCCCGUCAUCUCCCGUCUCGUGGGCCGUAGGAAGCUCCUCUUUGCCGCAGCGUCCAACUCGGGCGGCAACGGCCGGCGGGCGUACCCGGCCAAGGAGAUGGGCGUAUUCGCCGUGCACGCCACGGACGACGAGGGCCAUAGCCAAGGCGACCUGAACCCGCCGCGCGACGAGGCGCGGGACAACUUUUCGACACUGGGCCGCCGGAUCCCAUCUUGGUGGCAGGGCCGAGACGUCUACGUGACGGGGACAUCGUUCGCGGCGCCGGUGGCGGCGGCAGUCGCGGCGAACGCUCUCGAAUUCGUGCGACGGUCGUCGCUUCCUCACACGGACCAGCAGUACUUCUUCGGGUACAGCGGUAUGCGGCGGCUUUUCCGUCACUUGUCGAACCGGAAGGGCGACUACGACUACAUCCGGCCGUGGAAGGACGAGAUGUUUGACGUGGAGCAGAACAGCCCCGAGGCGAUGGAGGACAAGCUACGGGCGAUGGCCACCAUACACGACGAUUUAGAGUUCAUGAAUUACUGGGCAGAGCAAUCCCGGGACCAAGCCCGGGAUUUGGAGGUAGAGGCUGGAGAAGCGCAGGACAGUUGGGUACGUACAUAUAUGUUCUCCGGCAAGUACUAG